AUGACUGUUCCCAAGAUAUCCGUGGGCCAGGCGGUCACUGUGAGUUUAAAAGAACUUGAGAAUGGGACCGUCUCCUUCGACACACUGACCGAAGCCUUUGGUCCCUCUUCGCUGGGCAUCAUCGUCGUGAAAGACCUUCCAGAGAACUUUGUCCAGCUGCGUAAACAAGUCCUCUCCAAUGCAUCCUACCUCGCUGCCCUCCCCGAGUCCGAACUCGAAUCCCUCGAGAGCCCAGAGUCCAAGUACCUAGUAGGCUGGUCCUGCGGCAAAGAAACCCUCAAAUCAGGAACCUUCGACACCCUCAAGGGCUCCUACUACGUCAACUGUGCCUUCUAUCAGGACCCCUCUCUGCAAAGCGCUCCAGCUGAGGGUUUCCCCGAUCUACCCCAGUACACGGCGCCCAAUAUCUGGCCGUCCCCCUCACGCCUGCCGACAUUCAGAAGCAGCAUUGAGAGUCUAUGCGGACUGAUCAUUGACACGGCGGGACUCGUCGCACAGGCUUGCGAUCGUUACGCAGAAGCUAAUAUUGACGACUAUAAACCCGGGUAUUUGCAACGCGUCGUAAAGACCAGUCUCACGACCAAAGCACGGCUACUGCAUUACUUCCCUUCGACCUCGGAGAACCAAGAGGAUCAAGAUGACGACGACUGGUGCGCAACGCACGUCGACCAUGGCUGUCUUACCGGCCUCACUUCGGCAAUGUUCCUCGACGAAGCUGCCUCCCCACCAAUUCCCGACCCGUCCUCGCCUGACUUCGUUCUCACCGAACUUCCACAGUCUCCGGACCCAGGGGCGGGAUUGUACAUUAGCUCGCGCACGGGUGAGAUCGUCAAGGUGAAUAUUCCUAAGGAUUGUCUCGCUUUUCAGACUGGUGAGGCGUUGCAGCUUAUUACCCGGGGCAAGUUCAGGGCCGUGCCGCAUUUUGUCAAGGGGGCUAAGUGUCCGGCUGGGACGAAGAUUGCCAGGAAUACGUUGGCUGUGUUUACUCAGCCGAAUCUUAGUGAAGAGGUUGAGGAUGGGUUGACUUUUGCUGAGUUUGCGAGGGGGGUUGUGUCGAAGAAUUAUUAG